GAGAGAGAGAGAGAGAGAGAGAGAGAGAGAGAGCUAGGGUUUGAUCAAGAUUUUGGAUUUUGUUAUCAUGAUGAUUGGAGCAAGACUUCUACUAUCUGUGGUUGCUUUGGCAAUUUCAUGUCCUCCUCUUGUUUGGUCUUCUACAGCACAGAGUACAGACCCAUCAGAAGUUAAGGCAUUAAGGGCUAUCAAAAGCAAUCUGGUUGAUCCUUUCAGUAAUCUUAAUAGUUGGAAUAGUGGCGAUCCAUGUACAUCAAAUUGGACAGGAAUAAUCUGCCAAUCUACUACAAAUGAUGGAUAUCUUCAUGUACAUGAACUGUUGCUGCUUAAUUCUAAUCUCUCUGGAACUUUGGCGCCUGAGGUUGGUCUCCUGUCUCGAUUGGAGAUAAUGGAUUUUAUGUGGAACAACAUAAGUGGAAGCAUUCCAAAGGAGAUUGGGAAUAUUACUUCCUUGAAACUUCUGCUUUUAAAUGGUAACCGACUCUCUGGAUUUCUUCCAAAAGAGAUUGGUUUUCUUCCUAACUUGAAUAGGAUACAAAUUGAUGAGAACCAGAUAUCAGGUCCAAUUCCUACAUCAUUCGCAAAUUUGAAGAGCAUGAAGCAUUUCCACAUGAACAAUAAUUCGUUAAGCGGCCAAAUUCCACUUGAGUUGUCUGGACUAUCAAGUGUGUUUCACCUUCUGCUGGACAAUAACAAGUUAUCGGGACAUAUUCCUCCAGAACUUGCAAAGAUGCCCAGCUUGCAGAUUCUCCAGCUUGAUAAUAAUAACUUCAGUGGGAGCACCGUUCCAACCCCUUUCGCAAAUAUGACUUCACUUCUUAAGCUGAGCCUUAGGAACUGCAGCUUACGAGGAGCUGUUCCAGAUUUGAGUAUGAUACCUCAACUUAUAUACCUAGAUCUCAGCUGGAAUCAGCUGGAGGGAACCAUUCCAUCUAAUAAGCUUUCAGAGAACAUAACCACAAUUGAUCUGUCAAACAACAACCUUAAUGGACCAAUACCUUCCAACUUCUCACAUCUUCCCAAACUUCAAAGAUUGUCUCUUGAAAACAAUAAACUAAAUGGUUCUGUUCCGUCGGCUAUCUGGCAGAAUAUGCCAUUAUACGGAAAUAAGAGUGUCCUCUUGGAUUUCCAAAAUAAUUCACUAACAGAACUUUCUGCCGCUUUCAGCAUUCCAGAAAAUGUUACUGUCUUGUUAUAUGGGAAUCCUGUUUGUUCAGGCCAAAUCAACAUAUCAAAUCUUUGUCAGCCGGUCAACAAAUCGUCAGCACCUGGAAGCUCACCAGACUCCAAUAGUAGUUGUGGCUGCAAUACAGAUUUAGGCUAUGAGUUCAACCAAUUAUCUCCCAGUACAUGUUCUUGUUCCAUUCCAUUUGGAAUUGGGAUUCGCUUGAAAAGUCCGGGAAUAUCAUAUUUUCAUCCAUACAAGGAUGAUUUCAAGGAUUUCUUGACCAAUAGGCUUAACCUGUACCGCAAUCAAUUAUAUGUUGAUUCAGAUAUCUGGGAAGGUCGGAGGCUGAAGAUGUACCUGAAGUUAUUUCCAAGCAAUACCAGUUUGUUUAAUGAAAGUGAGAUUUUACGAAUUCGAGAUAUCUACAGUAGUUGGGAGAUUACACUCCCAGGUAUUUUUGGACCAUAUGAACUUCUCAACUUCACACUGGGACCAUAUGCAAAUGUUAUUCCAACUACAGCCGCAUCAGGAUUAAGCAAGAUUGCGAUAGUAGGCAUUGUCUUAGGGGCAUGUCUUGGUGCAGCUUUUAUAUCAGCAACUGUUACAGUUUUUAUUAUGAAGAAGCUCCCAAGAAAUCAAAAGGGUUCUAAGAGACGUUUAUUGUCUAGUUCAAUCAAAAUUGAUGGUGUGAAAGGCUUUGCAUUUGAUGAAAUGGCAUUAGCAACAAGUAAUUUUAACAGCUCCACUCAAGUUGGUGAAGGAGGAUAUGGCAAAGUAUAUAAGGGUGUUUUAGCAGAUGGAUCACUCGUAGCCAUUAAGCGUGCACAAGAAGGAUCAUUGCAAGGUUCAAAAGAAUUCUUCACUGAAAUACAGUUGUUAUCAAGGUUGCACCAUCGUAACCUCGUUUCUUUGGUUGGAUAUUGUAUUGAAGAAGGUGAACAGAUGUUGGUCUAUGAAUUCAUACCAAAUGGCACUUUGCGAGAUCACCUUACAGGUAAAUCAAAAGAGCCAAUGAACUUUCCAGUGAGGUUGCGUGUUGCAUUGGCUGCUGCCAAGGGCAUCCUAUAUCUCCAUACCGAAGCAGACCCUCCCAUAUUCCAUCGAGAUAUUAAAGCCAGCAAUAUAUUGCUGGACUCAAAGCUUGUUGCCAAAGUUGCUGAUUUUGGACUUUCUCGGCUUGCCCCUGUACCAGAUUUUGAAGGUGCAACACCUGAUCAUGUCUCAACUGUUGUGAAGGGCACUCCGGGUUAUCUUGAUCCGGAAUACUUUCUGACUCAUAAGCUGACAGACAAAAGUGAUGUUUAUAGUCUUGGAGUUGUGUUUUUGGAAUUAUUGACGGCAAUGAAGCCGAUUUCGCAUGGGAAAAACAUUGUGAGAGAGGUGAAUUCAGCUUACCAAUCUGGUAAUAUUUUCUCAAUCAUCGAUAGCCAAAUGGGCGCUUACCCCUCUGAAUGCGUUGGAAAAUUUGUCUCGUUGGCGCUUAAAUGUUGUCAAGAUGAAACCGAUAUGAGGCCAUCUAUGUCUGAGGUAGUCAGAGAACUGGAAGUCAUAUGGCGAAUGACGCCUGAAAGUGAUGUGAUGUCAACAGAUUCUGUGGUCACAGAAUCACUUGACACAAACACUACUCCAUCAUCAUCUUCUGUGACCGGAAAUCCAUUUUCGACUUUGAAUUUCUCUGGUAAUAGCUUCAGUAAUCUUUAUCCUCGAUAACAGUUGCAAAGUUCACCUGUUUAUUAGAAUUGUAUAGAUACACAUAGACGGAUAGAUGAAUCGAUGUUACAAAUUUCUGCGUCUGCUCAAAGAGGAAUCAAUUAGUUCUAGAUUUUCGUCGCUUGCUCAUAAAUAAAGCUGUGUUUGAUUCUUGUUUCAUGUA